AUGAAUGAAACUGGUGAUCGUUUGCUAAUAAUUCAGAACCUUGUUUCUCAAUGUCGGUUCCAGAAAACAACACAAUCUCGUUCGUGCACACAUUCCGAUGUGAGGCCUCGAAAGUCCGUCACAUGAUGCCGAAGCAGUUCGUCACUUGCCACGAGUAUCAGUUGAUCAACUGGCAAGUGGCCUAACUUCCCCCAGCCGUAUAUUUCUAGGCCAUUGCAGGCACGUUCAGAUCGCCGAGAACGGCGGCAUUCCCUCGUUCAUCCAGAGCAUUCUGGGCACCGCUCGCCAGCGGCCCGUCCAUCAGAUCACUCUCUAUCCGGCCGGACAACGUGAGUGCCAUCCGCCCGUUCGGAAAGUCGAUUUCACGCUCAAGACCUUUUUGAAUGGAGUCGGUGAGUACCACAACUAGCCAACGCCCAUUCGCUCUUUGGCUCCAGACCUGCUCCCCGCUCUUUUCUACUCCCAUCCGGCCGGAUAUCCGUCUCGAAUGAACGCCUUCAAUUCCGGGUACUGUACUCCUGAGAACGGAGAAAUCAACGAGCGAUUCGUGGCGCACAUGGAGAGCCGGAGCGGCAGAGUCGAGUUCGAGGUGCAAACUCUGAUUGUGUUCGAUGUUCAAGACUUUUUGAGCGUAAAGUACUUGAAUCAGGUGACUGCGAAGGCGAUGCCCACUGAGCUCAACUUUCGGUUCAACCUUCUGACCAAUCAGUGAGUCUCCGAUGCUCCAGAAUCGCAAUCCGAUUGUCAGAAGCACUCACAACUUCACGCUGCUCACCGCCGCCGGUCUCUGUUUUCCGUGCAACAAGGAGGCGCUCUACGUGGCUUCUCCUUUCUUCCGCAAACAUUUGACGCCCGAAAUGAGCACUUUUCAGUUGGAAGUCGAACUUUUGGAAGCUGUGGAAGUGGUGAUCAAGCCCAACUUUUCAUUUCGACUUUCCGAAUUUCAGAUAAUCACCUGGCUCCUAAGCGAAACCUAUCAUCCACCGGUUCAAAUGAGUCCCCAACUGGCCGGAGAAAUCAUGAAAUUAGCGGAACGACUUCUGCCGCGUUCUCCGCUCAAAAAACACUUGUCCGGCUCGAUUGAACGCCACUGUUUCGAGGAGGUGGGCAAGAAUCGCGAGGAUGUGAAGCACGCAAAGCAAAUGCUCCUCGUCGCCCAUACUCAUCAUCUGGCGAGUCUUCUGGAGGCGUGCCACGCCACCAUCAUCACCUAUCAUUAUCUGGAUUUCAUUCGCGACAUGGAUCAGAAUGUGAGAAACCUCAUUAAUCGUGCCGCAUGUUUUUUUCUUCAGACGGAUCCCGAGUUCACUCAAAUCUCAGCCAUCUCUCGUUCCAGUCCGUUGGUUGGACGAAAACUUGCAAAGCCCUCGAAUAGAAUUCAUCCUGUUUCAGAGUCGUCUCAUUGAGAACUAUCAGAAAAGUCUGCGCGUUCAGAGCUAUGCGAGAAAGGUGUCGCCCACGCACAAUUGAACUCUUCUCUUUUAGAAUAAAGAUCGCGUGGAAAACCACGUCCAUUUUCAUUCACUUUUAUACGUUCAAUUACUUCUCAACGUUUCACAUCAAACAAUCCAAAAACUUGCACAAUAUGAACGAAUCGGGUAGGCAAAGUUCCAGAACUGUUCACAUCGAAAAUAGACGCGCAGACCGGGAUACUGUAUCAUUCGUGCACACAUUCCGCAUUCCCGCGACCGAAAUCCGUCACAUGAUGCCGAAGCAGUUCGUCACUUGCCACGAGUAUCAGUUGAUCAACUGGCAAGUGGGCCUAACUUCCCCCCAGCCGUAUAUUUUUAGGCCAUCCCUCUUUGCAGGCACAUUCAGUUCACCGAAUCCGGCAGCCGUCGCCCCUUCCCCGGCAUUUCCGCGGAUCCAGACUCGAUCACCUACGUGAUCGCGAUCUAUCCGGCCGGACAGAGAGAAUCGUACCCGCCGGUGCACAAAAUACACUUUAGAUUGAAGAUUAUCGCGAAGGGGAACGAGAUGAUCCAUCCGAAAGUCUGCUUCACUCAUCCCGGAGGACUUCCGCCUCGGAACAUCUUCAACGCGGGUUACUGUAGCCCCGAAACUGGCGCAUUCCCCGUGGCAAUCUCCAGAUGUCUAGACUCGAACCGUCCGGAACGAAUCACUUUCGAAGUGCAAACUCGAAUUGUGUUCGAUGUCGACGACUUUUUGGACAUGAAAUACCUAAAUCGAAGUGUGGCGGCGGUGAUGCCGGUGCAAAACAACUUUCGGUUCAACCUUCUGACCAAUCAGUGAGUCUCCGAUGCUCCAGAAUCGCAAUCCGAUUGUCAGAAGCACUCACAACUUCACGCUGCUCACCGCCGCCGGCCUCUGUUUUCCGUGUAACAAGGAGGCGCUCUACGUGGCUUCUCCCUUCUUCCGCAAACAUUUGACGCCCGAAAUGAACUUUUUUCGAUUGGACGUCGAGCAUUUGGAGACUAUCGAUGUGGUCAGAAACGUCGAAUACUUCUUCUUCUUCUUCUUCUUCUUCUUUAUCUACUUUCAGAUCAUCACGUGGCUCCUCACCGAAACCUAUCAUCCGCCCGACAAAAUGACGCCCGAGUUGGCCGAGGAAAUUGUGAAAAUGUUCGAGCGAAUUGUGCCACGUAUUCCCCAUCAGAGACACUUGUUGGGCUCGAUUGAGAGACACUGUUUCGACGAAUUGAUCGAGGUGAGCACUUUAGAGUCACAUGCAUACGUAUAGCAGAAAGUUUGGAGAACCGCGAAGAUGUGCAAUACGUGAAACACGUAAUGCUCAUCGCCAACAACAACCGACUCGGGAGCCUUCUGGAAGCCUGCCACGCCGUGCUCAUCUCGUAUCACUUUUUCGAUUUUAUGAGGGACAUGAAGAUGAGUGUGAGUCAAUGUCAACCGGGAAAUCAUUUACUGAGUGCCAUUUUCUACAUAUUCAGCCGGACCCCGCACUCACUCGUCCGCUGGGCGUCAUCCGUUCGAGUGCAAUGACCUAUCUGACCGAGAACUACAAAAAGAGCCUAUUCGUGACGAGAUUUGUGAAAAAGAGCCUUUAUUGA